AAUAUAUACAAUAAAUGUAUUUACAAGAUCAAAUCAGAGAAAUCGACAGAUUAAAAAGAUGGGAACCUACAUUUCAGAUGAUCCAGUUGGAUACAAUUUCCAUUGCAGAGUCUAAGACUCAAAAAGUAGCAAAGCUUGCUGAAAAUCGAAAUCUGAAUAGAUAUCGUGAUGUCUUACCAUAUGAUGAUAGCCGCAUUGUUUUAAAAAAUUCUACAAAUGACUACAUAAAUGCAAAUUUUGUUAAGGUUCCAGAUGUAAACAGAACAUAUAUUCUAACACAGGGUCCAUUGCCACACACUUGUGAAAGUUUUUGGAAAAUGGUUUGGGAAAAUAAUACAGAAGGAAUAGUUAUGUUGAAUAAAUUAGUGGAAAAAAAUGCUGUUAAAUGCCACCCAUAUUGGCCAACAAAUGAAGAAGAGUCAAUUAAGUAUGGUGAUUAUGAUGUCUGUACCCUCAGUGAAUCAUUUGAAACCUCCUAUAUUCUAAGAGAGUUUUUGUUAACUCAUCUUCCAAGUUCCAGUAAACGUCAUAUUAAACAGUUUCAUUACAUGACAUGGCCAGAUUUUGGAGUUCCUGAUGACCCUUUGACUUUUCUUAAAUUCCUUUCACAUAUCAAAUCUACAGGUGUAUUAUUUUCAAACCCUGUAGUUCAUUGUAGUGCUGGUAUUGGACGUAGUGGGACAUUUUGUUUAGUUGAUGCUGCUCUAUCCAUCGCUAAGCAAAAAAAUACUCCAGAUGGUUUAGACCCUAGAGCACUUUUAUUGUCGAUGCGUAAGUACCGUUCUGGUUUAAUUCAGACUGCUGAACAAUACAGAUUUGCACUAGUCACCAUACUUUCAGGUCUGAAACAAAUGUUUCCCCAAUACUUUUCAGAAAAUAAAAAUGAUAUAGAAAAUUGUAUAAAUGAUAUUCCUCCACCAUUGCCUCCUCGACAACAUGCGAAUAAACCUCCAGUAAAACCUGAAAGAACAUCAUUAUAUGAGGAAAACCAAACAUUAACAAAGAAUAUCCAAUCAUUUUCAGAUACGGAUUCAUCAAGUGAAGAGGAGAGCACAGAGGAUAUGGUUGACUUCGCAAAUAUGUAUGGUGAAGAGGUGGAAGAAGAGUUUACAGAACUUAAUCAUAUAAGUGAUAAAUCUGAUUAUGAAGAUGCAACAGUUACUAAUUACAAUCCGUUAAAUAAAUAUGUGCAAAACUCAAAUGCUUUUAUUAAUGAAAAUGAGCAAUAUAAAAAAGUAACAGAAAACCAAGAGUUGACUAACAAAGAUGAUUCAGUGCAUAAGGCAAGGAAAGAACAAGAAAACGAAAAUACGAAUCUUCGAAAAAGAGAAAUUCAGGAAAAAAAUAUAAAAACAAAAAAACUUGUUGAAACCAUAAAAAAUAAUAUGAAAAAAUCAGAGAAACAACAAUAUAAUAAAUGGUGGCUUUGCGUUGGUUCAUUCGCUGGAUUGUGUUCUGUUGUUAUUAUAUUGUAUUCUUGGCUUAGCUGAUUGAAUGAGCAGAGGGCGGUUACUAGGUCUUUCUAUUUUUAAAUCUAUCAUAAUUUAUUAAUACAAAUGUGAUUAAUUUACAUCAUACACUAGAAUAAACUAUUUUUAAGACAUGUUUUAAAGUUUUUCACUUUUAUUAAAUACUAUAAGUAAUAUUCAA